AUGCUCCUGUCGCAGUUCAAGUCACAGGAAGCUGACAAAAAAGUCUGUGUCAAGAGCAUUCACUGGGUUGUGGGAGGAGACCAUACGCACACCUCGACACAGCUCGUGCCACAACUUAAUCCCUCAACAUACAAUCCUGAAUUUGGAAAUGCUGUGUUCUCUCAUCACGUCUAUUUUCAAAGACCUCAUAAAGCGAGAGUGCUUCUGAUGUUUAACAAGAUGUCACAGAAACGAAGAUGGUAUCAAGAUAAUUAUUUGGACUAUGGGUUCACAUAUCUUGUCAAGGACGGUGCACACAUCUCUCAGUGUGUUGUGUGUUUGAAAACCUUCUCUAAUAGCAUCAUGAAACCUUCCCAACUGAAGCAGCAUCUGGCAAAUGCUCAUCCACAGUUGAAAGAUAAGAAUCGUAGCCAAGGUAAAGAAACCCUUUUGAAACCAUGUAUUGUUGACAGUGAGAGGCUUGUGUUAGGAGAGGAGUCAUCACAGAAGAUGAAACAGAUCUCCUUGUCCAACAACACCAUCAAGAACAGAAUUGCAGAAAUGUCUGAAGACAUUAAGGAAAAUGUGGUGUCAAAGGUAAUGUCAUCGCCCUUUUUUUCCCUUCAAAUUGAUGAGUCUACGGAUGUCACCAACAUUGCACAACUGCUUGCUUUUUGCCGCUACAUAACUGACAAAGGAAUCGAGGAAGAGUUUCUUUUUUGCCGGCCAUUAGAGAUGACAACAAAGGCAGUUGAUGUAAUGGCAGUAGUUGCAGAUUUCUUUGAAGAGUCGGGACUAAAUUGGAACAAACUGGAAGGGAUUUGCACAGAUGGUGGCCCUAAUAUGUUUGGUUCACGAUCAAGACUCAUUACUCUUGUGAAGCAGAAGCAGCCUGAUUUAAAAGGAACACACUCCAUGAUCCAUAGAGAAGCUCUCGCCUCAAGGACAGUUCCAAAGAACCUUCAUGAUGCUUUGACUGUCAUCAUAAACAUUGUUAACUAUGUGAAAGGAUCGGCCUUGAACACUCGCCUCUUUCACGAACUCUGUCGGGACAUGGAUGCUAACCACACUGCUCUUUUAUUUCACACACAAGUGCGACACAAGGUGGACCUGCUGUCUGCCUUCAACAAGGAAGGUGUCAUACUUGGUGGGAAAGACCUCAAGGAUCCAUUGAAGGAGAAAAUCAUCACUCACCUUGAUCAUUUGGGGGACGAGUUCAAGCGGUAUUUCCCUGGUAUCAACACUGAAGACAUUUCAGUGAGGCUGACAAGGAACCCAUUUAUAUGUCAGGUGGAUGGUGUCCUUGAGGACAUGCAAAAUGAGUUCUUGGGGCUCAAACAUGACUCUUCUGCCAAGGAUGAGUUUCGUGCACAAAAUCUUGAAGAAUUUUGUGUUAAUAUGCGUGGAGCAUACCCACAACUGAGCAACAACGCAUUGAAAAUCCUCACUCUGUUUUCCACAACCUACCUUUCUGAGUCAGGAUUUUCUACUUUACUCACAAUCAAGCCCAAAGCACGAAACCGACUGGAUGUGGAAUGUGACAUACUUUGCGCGUUUGCCAAAACUAACCCUGAUAUUGAUACACUGGUGCACAAGAAGCAGCAUCACCCUUCUCACUAA